AUGGAAAAACUUCUGAAACUGGUCUCUGCUGUUCUUCUUCUCCUCUCAACCCUAGCUUCAUCCCAGCCCCAGGUCACUGAGAUCUUCUAUUCCGGCUUCAAAGACGCGGGUUCCAAUCUAACCCUAUCCGGCGUUGCGGAUAUCGAAAAAACCGGCAUGUUAAAAUUAACCAACCACACCAGCAGGCUAAUGGGUCAUGCUUUCUACACGUCACCAAUUCAGUUCAAGAACUCAACCGUCGGCAAAGCCUUCUCCUUUUCGACCUCAUUCGUCUUCACCAUCGUCCCCGAGUAUCCGAAGCUGGGUGGCCAUGGCAUGGCCUUCACAAUCGCCCCCUCCAAGGAUCUCAACUCUCUUCCCAGCCAAUACCUCGGUCUUCUCAAUGGUACUGACGUCGGUAAAUUCUCGACUCACAUCUUCGCAGUCGAGUUCGACACGGUUCAAGAUUUCGAGUUUGGUGAUAUCAACGAUAACCAUGUCGGAAUCGACAUCAACAGCUUGAAAUCAAAUGCCUCAGCUGCUGCGGCUUACUACAAAGACUCUGUUUCGAAACAGAGUCUUAACCUCAAAUCUGGGAAACCAAUUCAAGCAUGGAUCGACUACGAUUCGAGUCGAAAUCUCAUGAACGUUACAAUUUCACCCUCUUCUUCAAAACCCAAAAUUCCACUUCUUUCUUUUCAAGUUGAUCUCUCUCCGAUUCUUCAGGAAUUUAUGUACGUUGGGUUUUCGGCUUCGACCGGUCUGCUUGCUAGCUCCCAUUACAUAUCAGGUUGGAGCUUCAAGAUCGAUGGAGAAACCCGAGUUCUUAACAUGGAUUCUCUUCCUUCUCUUCCGAAACCCAAGAAAAAUCACACAUCUUUAAUGAUCGGAGUCUUAGUUUCCACCAUUGCUGUUGCUCUGUCUGCAAUUUCUGUUUCAGUUUACAUUUACACGAAAAAAUUCAAGAAUUCCGAUCCGGUAGAGUCAUGGGAGCUGCAGCUGGGCCCACACAGAUACUCCUACCAAGAAUUGAAGCAAGCCACGAAAGGGUUCCGUGACAAAGAGCUGCUCGGGCAAGGCGGGUUUGGGCAAGUGUUCAAAGGUACGCUCCCAAACACGAAAACACAAGUCGCAGUUAAGCGAAUCUCGAACGAUUCGAAGCAGGGCCUGCGGGAAUUCGUGUCAGAAAUCGCCAGCAUUGGGCGGCUCCGCCACAGAAACCUGGUUCAGUUGCUGGGUUGGUGCCGGCGGAGAGGUGACCUUCUUCUUGUUUACGAUUUCAUGGAAAAUGGUAGCCUCGACAAUGCUCUUUUCGAUGAACCCAAAACUGUGCUGAGCUGGGAAGAGAGGUUUAAGAUCAUCAAAGGGGUUGCUUCUGCGCUGCAUUACUUACACGAAGGAUACGAGCAAGUUGUGAUUCACAGAGAUGUGAAAGCGAGCAACGUGCUGCUGGAUAGAGAGCUAAAUGGAAGGUUAGGAGAUUUUGGGCUCGCGAGGCUACACGAGCACGACUUGGUUUCAAGCACUACGACUACAGUUGUGGGGACUUUGGGUUAUUUAGCGCCGGAGAUGCCCCGGACAGGGAAGGCAAGCACCUGCUCGGAUGUGUACGCAUUUGGCGCGCUUUUGUUGGAGGUGGCUUGCGGAAGGAGGCCGAUUGAGCCGAAAGCCACGGCGGAGGAGCUGGUUUUGGUGGAUUGGGUUUGGGAGAUGUACGGAGAGGGAAAGCUUCUUGAGGUGGUGGAUGAAAGGCUGCAUGGGGAAUUUUGUGAGGAGGAGGUGGUGAUGGUGUUGAAAUUAGGGCUGAUGUGUUCGAAUCAUGGACCGUCGGAUCGGCCUAAUAUGAGGAUGGUGGUUAGGUAUUUGGAUGGGGAAGUUGAGAUUCCGAAGGAAUUGAGGGGCCCACGUAGGAGGAACGGUGGUGAUCACGAUCACGAGGCUGCGUUUGGUGACAUACUCAAGUCUUUUACUUCAUCGUCUUCGUUUAAAUAGAUGAGCUUGUGUUCUAAUAGAGAUAUGGAUGCUAGUUUUACUUCGGUUUCUACUUCACCACUCUAUCUUCUACAAGGGCAAACCAGAUAGCCUUUAGAAUCUUAUUUCUUAUAGGGAUGAUUUUCGAAAACAUUAAGCAAGAUUGCUACCAAAUGUCUGGUUCAGAUCUUUAGGUGUGAAUUAUGCAACUUUAAAAUGUUAUACGUUAAGAGCUGUCAUGAGUAGAUCACUUGUCCCAAAAAAACUGACUUACAUGGUGCCUAAGAGCUCUUAAAUCAUCUCAAUGUUUGCUACUUUUCUAAUGUUUAAUAUUGGAUCUAAAUAACCACUUAGUACUACGGUUUAAUGGCAUUAGGUUUAAUUUUUGUCAAAGGUGAAUUUGAACCACAUUAUUACUAACUCAUUGUGAGGUUAAGCCCACCCCAUCCUCGUUACCCUUAGUAUAGAUAAUAUUGUUUAUUAAAAAAAAAAAGAUCCUAAUAUUAUGCAAUGCAAUUUCCACUUAUAUUACUACGAUUUAGUGACAUUCUUAUUCACUUAUAAGUGAAAGGUAUUCGGGUUUUGAGUUAUGAAAAUAAUGAAUUCGAUAUCAAAUUUAUUCUCUCAUACAUUAGUGUAAAUAUAUAUCAUUAUGUUGGGAAAAAAAAAAAAAGCAUUAUACAAUGUAAUGUGAUAAUUAACCAAAAGAAUACAA